GCUGAAAUCAUGAAGUAUGAUUACAUCAAUAGAUAUGUUUCUCUGUUCUUUGGAAAAAUGGGUUGCAGCGUUGGAAAACAUCCUUUAUUAUAUUCUUUAACACCAUUACUAAUAAUCGGGAUAUUAUCAACUGGAUUUUAUAAAACAAAAAUUCUAAAUGAUACCGAAGACUUGUAUAGUCCUAAAAAUGGAAGAGCAAUAGAAAGCAGAACGAUUGUAGAAAAACUAUUCCCAGUUAAUAUGUCUAAUAUGGAAUUCAGUAGAUCAACAAGACUUGGUCGAUUAGGAUUUAUAUUAUUCGAAGAAAAAAGUCAUAAAACAAUGCUAAAAGAGUAUAUACUUAAGGAAAUUACUUAUGUUCAUAACGUAGUACAAAAUAUAAGUGUAACAUGGAAUAACAGGAUCUAUAAAUAUCUUGAUUUGUGUAGAAAAAAUAUGGAUGGAACAUGUUACAAUAAUAAUGCAUUGUCUUUAAGAGGAAAGAUAAGAAAAAUUCGGAAAAAAUUACUAAAAAUCAGAUAUCCUGUAGACAUACAUGAAGCAACAAUGAAUGCAGUAUUUUAUGCUUAUGGUUUAGGUAAAGUAUCAACUGACGAGGAUGGAUAUAUUAAAAAUGUGGGUGCUGUAAGACUAAUUUAUUUAUUAAAUUAUCAAGAUGAAGACAAAAAAAUUUUAAACUUAAAAUGGGAAGAGAAAUUUAUUGAUACUGUUUCUCAAAUUAAAUGUGAUCAUUUGAAUAUUUAUUUUUUUGCAUCGAGUUCACUUGAUGUGGAAGUAAAUAAAAUAACAGAAUUGGUUCUUCCUCUUUUACCUGUAACAAUAGCUAUUAUGGUGAUAUUUUCUGUAGUAACUUGUAUGACUACUGACUGGGUUACAAGCAAACCUUGGAUAGGAAUUGCUGGAUGUAUAAAUCCGUUAUUAGGUGUCAUUGGAGCAUUCGGCCUUCUAUUAUGGACGGGUAUGGAAUUUAUUGAUAUCAAUGUCUCCAUACCAUUUAUUCUCUUAGGUGUUGGACUGGAUAAUUCUUUUGUUCUUUUGGCUGCUUGGAGAAGAACAGAUCCUAAGAUGAGUGUAACGGAAAGAAUGAGCAUCACUUAUUCAGAAGCAGCAGUAUCGAUAACAAUCACUUCACUUACAAAUUUUCUGUCCUUUUGUAUUGGAAUGACUACUAGUUACAAAAUAAUCCAAAUUUACUCCGUUUAUAUUUCGUUGGCAAUAAUUUUUUGCUAUUUUUGUGAAAUUACCUUUUUCGGAGGCAUAUUAGCAAUUAGCGGAUACAGAGAAAGUAAAUGUCUUCAUUCUGUAUUCUGUAUUCCAGUGAAAAGAGGAAAAUUACCAGAUAUUCCACUGCUAAAACUUCUUUACGUUGGAUUGGUGAAAGAAACUGAUGAAUUUCAUAAUGGCAGUAAUAUAUUGGUAUUUUGUAGAGAUACAUUAGGAAAAAUAUUAACGAAAACAUGGGUAAAAAUCAUAAUAAUUAUAUUAACUCUCAUAUAUUGUGCUUGUGGAAUUUAUUGUCUAAGAUUUAUCAAACAAGGAAUGAAGAAAAAUGAUUUCUAUCCAUUUCAUUCUUAUGCAAAUAAAUUUGUACAUAAACACUAUGAAUUAUUCACAGAAUAUUCUCAUGUUAUUCAAGUGGUUAUUAAUAAAAAAUUAGAUUAUUCCGAUAAAAAUGUACAGAAAAAUGUAUUAGAAAUUAUGAAUAAGUUUUCGAAUGCAAAAUUUAUGGCUGGAGAACAAUUAGUUGAUUUUUGGUUAAAAUAUUAUAUUCAAUCAUUCAAUGAUAAAAGAUUAUGGUUUUCGUAUAGGGGUUAUAAUAUGAGUAAAUCAGAUGAUUUUACUGACGGACUUCGUGAUAUAUUCCUAAAAUUUCCAUUUUCACGUCGAUUUAAACAAGAUAUAUUGUUCGACAAGAACAAAACAGAUAUUAUUGCAUCUAGAUUUAUUGUAGUAGCAAAAAAUAUCUCGAAUCCGGAACUGGAAAGACAACUUCUAUUAUCAUUAUGGGCUCUCGCAGAUUCUUGUAUUUAUCCGGUAUAUGUUCAUAAUUUUUGGUUUACAAUUAUUCAACAGUAUGUAUAUAUCGAAGAAACUACUAUACAUACUUUAUGUAUUGUUGCUGUUCUAAUUAUAAUAAUGUUUUUCUUAUUCGUUCCGAAUAUUAUCUGUAUUGUUUGUAUCGCGAUAACAACUGUAUUAAUUCAGAUUGGCAUUAUUGGGUUUAUGUCUAUUUGGAGUGUGAAUUUGAAUACAGUUUCAAUGCUAUGCUUGUUUAUGGCUACAGGACUUUCUGUAGAUUACACAUUUCAUGCCUCUUACAUUUAUAUCACUAGUAAAAAAGAUAAUCCUAAUGAAAAAAUAAAAGAAACUCUGUAUGCUACUGGAUAUCCCAUAUUUCAAGGAUGUAUAUCAACAAUAUUAGGAGUAGUUGUUAUUGUAUUUCCUGCUGCUGAGGCAUUUAAGAUCUUUUUUAAAAUUAUUUUAUUAACAAUGAUUUUGGCAUUUUUAUACGGUAUUUUCGUCAUUCCAGUAUUUUUAAAUGUUUGGGAAACAAUUUGGAAAAUUCUAAAAGAAAGAAAACAUAAAAAUGAACAUGUAGAAUGUAAUGAAAUGAAAUAAUAUUAUUUACAAAAAUUUUUGUAACAAUGACUUGCACGUAUUUAAUAUUGUGUUGUAAA